CUGCAGCAGCCAUGGUGCCUGGGAUGGGGGGUCAGGAACAUCUGCUGCUGACAGUGGCUGCCGCCCUGCUGCUGCCAAUGAGACCCCCAGGCUCCUGGGGGGCUCGGAUCAUUGGGGGCCAUGAGGUGACACCCCACUCCCGGCCGUACAUGGCAUCUGUGAGCUUCGAGGGCCAGCACCACUGUGGGGGCUUCCUGCUCCGUGCCCGCUGGGUGGUCUCCGCUGCCCAUUGCUUCGCUGGCAGAGACCCCCGAAAGGGCCUGGUGGUGCUUGGGGCCCACACGCUGCGCACCUCAGAGUCCACACAACAGAAGUUCGGCAUCUCGGCUGUCAUCAGGCACCCCAACUAUCAGCCUGCAACCCACGCCAAUGACAUCUGUCUGCUGCAGCUGAACAGCUCUGCCACGUUGGGUCCUGCAGUGGGGCUACUGGGACUGCCACGGCGGGACUCCCGGCCCCUGAGGGCCGGGGCGCGGUGCCGGGUGGCCGGCUGGGGCUUCGUGUCCAACUUUGAGGAGCUGCCACCCGGGCUGAUGGAGGCCGAGGUCCGCGUGCUGGGCCUGGGUGUCUGCAACAGCUCGUGGGAAGGCCAGCUGAGUCCCGCCAUGCUCUGCACUCAGAGUGGGGACCGCCGGCGGCGGGGCUUCUGCUCGGCGGACUCCGGGGGCCCGCUGGUGUGCAGGAACCGGGCUCACGGUCUUGUCUCCUUCUCUGGCCUCUGGUGUGGGGACCCCAAGACUCCUGAUGUGUACACACAGGUGUCUGCCUUUGUGACCUGGAUCUGGGAUGUGGUUCGGCCCCCAGCCCAGCCCCCUGCCCAGGACCACAGGGUCCCUACAGCGGCACUGAGCACACCAGACACUGAACGGUGAAGACAGCUCCAGCCUGGAAAACUCUUGUGGUGGGGGCAGGGAAUCCAUGGGGCCCCCAA